AUGUUGAACGGAUACAGAUUAGCUAGAUCAGCUGUACGACCUCUCAAGGGAGUUUCAGCUCAACAAAAGAGGAAUUUAUCAAUUCACGAAUAUCAAUCUGUUCAAUUACUCAACUCUUACGGUAUCCCCACCCCUAAAGCCCUUCCUGCUUUUUCCGCUGAAGAAGCUGAACAAGUAGCUAAAUCAUUUGGCAAAGAUGAAUUGGUCAUCAAAGCUCAGGUGUUAGCUGGUGGAAGAGGUAAAGGUCAUUUCGAUUCGGGUUUCCAAGGUGGUGUGCAAAUGGUUGAUUCCCCCGCUCAAGCUAAGGACUACGCCUCCAAGAUGUUAGGUCACAAGCUCAUUACCAAGCAGACCGGAGCCGCAGGACGAAUCUGUAAUGCCGUCAUGCUCGCUGAGCGAAUGCCACCUCAAAAGGAGUACUACGCUGCGGUAUUGAACGACCGAGCGAGAGGUGCACCAGUCUUAGUCACUUCUUCUCAAGGAGGUAUGAACAUUGAAGAUGUAGCUCACGACACUCCCGAAGCUAUCAUCACCACCACUUUGGAUUUCGAUAAUGGUAUUUCCCAAGAGAAGGCUUUAGACUUGGCCAAACAGCUAGGAUUCAAGGAUUCGGCUCAAAAGAACGCUGCUGAAACUUUCCAAAAUCUCUACAAGAUCUUCAAGGAGAAGGACGCUACGCAGAUUGAAAUUAACCCGUUGGCUGAAUUGUCAGAUGGUCAGGUUUUAUGUAUGGAUGCCAAAUUCGGUUUCGAUGACAAUGCCGAUUUCAGACAAAAGGAUGUGUUCAAACUCAGAGAUACUACUCAAGAGGAUGCUCAAGAAGUCGAGGCUGCCGAGUACGGACUCAACUUCAUCAAGCUCGACGGUGAUAUCGGAUGUCUCGUCAAUGGUGCUGGUCUUGCCAUGGCUACGAUGGACGUAUUGAACCUCCACGGUGGAUCUCCCGCUAAUUUCCUUGACGUCGGUGGUGGUGCUACUGCUGAUGCAGUCAAGAAAGCUUUCGAGCUCUUGUUGACUUCGAAGAAUGUCAAAUCGAUCUUCGUUAACAUUUUCGGUGGUAUUAUGAGAUGUGAUGUCAUCGCCGAAGGUAUCAUCAAAGCUACCAAGGAACUUGAAUUGAGCAUCCCCCUUGUUGUCAGAUUACAAGGUACGAAAGAAGCUGAGGCUAAGAAGAUGAUCAACGAAUCAGGAUUAAAGAUCUUCCCAUUCGACGGUCUCGACGAAGCUGCUGCCAAAGCUGUCGAAGCUGCUAAAUCAGGUAUCUAA